GACGAUGUUCGUGCGUUGGUGAAAUGACCAUUGAACGGACUCCGAGUGACCAAGUGUUAUUAGUCGUGGCAGUUGGGAGUAGGCUUUGUGACCUAACCAUAUGGACAUGAUCUGAUCCCGAGCCAAGAGCGUCGAGAAACACCAAAUUACUCAACCCCACUGGCAUAUUGGUGUAUGGUCCUGGACUCAACAAAGAUGCAAAAAUACACCAAGGUGCAUGUCGACGAGAGCGAACCAACUGCAGUGGACGAGUCAUCGUUUGAAAAACGAGACGUGCACGUGAAGACAUCGCGAUGGGUUACCCAAGACUAUGACAUCACGGACUUGCUUCUAGGGAGGGGUAAAUUUGGAGAAGUAAAGAAGUGUCGAGAAAAACGAACGGGGCGCCAUCUAGCCGCGAAAUUUAUCGAAAUUGAGGGUCCACAAGAGCGCAAAGAUGUCAUGAAUGAGUUCGACAUAAUGAAGUCUUUACAACACCCUAGACUUCUACAACUUUAUGACGCAUUCGAGAACAAAAACAAAUUCUGCCUUGUUACAGAACUAAUAUCGGGAGGGGAACUGUUUGAACGUGUAAUAAACGACGAUUUCAUAUUAACUGAGAAAGCUUGUGUCAUGUUUAUGAGGCAAAUCUGUGAAGGGGUGGAGUUUAUGCACGCACGAAAUGUACUUCACCUAGACAUGAAGCCAGAAAAUAUCCUUUGUCUAACACGAGAGGGAAACAGAAUAAAGAUAAUUGACUUCGGACUGGCUAGAUCUUUUACACCUAAAGAUGAGCUGCGGAUUCUCUUUGGAACCCCAGAAUUCAUGGCACCGGAAGUUGUGAACUAUGACCCCGUGUCUCCAGCCACGGAUAUGUGGAGUGUAGGCGUGAUAUGUUAUGUGUUAUUGUCUGGCUUAUCUCCGUUCAUGGGUGAUGCGGAAGCGGAAACACUUGUAAAUGUAACAUAUGCUAAAUGGGAUUUCACGGCGGAAGAGUUUGAAAGUAUUUCAAUGGAUGCAAAAGAUUUCAUCUCUCAUCUUCUGGUAAAAGAUCCCAAGAAGCGUAUGUCUUCAAAGGAAUGUAUGGAACACCGUUGGCUUCGGCGGUCUGUGAAAAGAGAAGUAACGGUCGAAAGGUCAUUGUCAAAGAAACGUUUGAGAAAAUUCGUUUUCCGGCGAAAGUGGCAGAAAGCGGUGAAUGCGAUGUUGGCCCUGAAGAGAAUGGGAGUCAAUCUUACCUAAACACUGACACUCCACGGUGAUCGUCAAGUUUAUUUAACAUCAAACGACUGGAGUUUGGAUAUUAAGGACUUUCACACAUUCACAGAUAAAGAAGGAUGCCUGUUCUUUCUUUGAAAUAUGCCACUCGCUUGCAUUAUAAAUUUAACACAAACAUUAUCGGGAUGGUGUGAAAGGGACGGAACCCUAAACGGGGAUAAGGUGUUCUCAUCCAGGACGUAACAAGUACAUCUUGUUUUGUGCUUCGUUAUUUUUUUGAACAGAUCUAUAUUUUGCUUCAUCCAUGUGACAAGAUAAAGAAUAUGCGAUCUUCCGGUGAAGCAACUUCCUGAUACUAUCAAAGCUGAUUUUAAGUUUCAUUAAAUAAAGAUGAAAAAACAAUUUACGUCAUGAACAUAUUGUGUGGUAGGAUUAUAACACAAAGUAUGUUCCUCGUAUCAAUUUUCAUUUUAAUAUAUUUCUCAUGUAUCGAAUUGCCAUUCUGUUUGUUUCUUAUGUCUAUUUAUUUGCUUUUGUUGUUAUCAAUUACGUAAAUCUUCUGUAUUAUAAAGAUAUGUUUCAAGUAAUCCACAUUCCGUUGGUUUUAUGUUAUUCCGGAAUGCGACUCUCUAUCAGAUGAAUCGAAGAGGAAGUGAGUCUCAUAUUAAUUUCAUAGUAAAACAAAAAUGUUUUGGUAACCAUAGGAACUACUGAAAUUUCUAUAUAAAAUUAUAUCGGGACAGAUAUUCAGUUUGGUCACUCACCUUGUAGAUCUAUCAGGGUAAUUAAUUUUCACAAACAUCUGCAAUAUUCAGAUUAUUAAUAACAAUUCCUCAAAUAUAGACCCGGGUCGUCUAUUAACCUCAAAUACCGAUAUGAAAACUUCACUAACACAUACUAGACCUGCCCCCUCUACUAGCGAUCUUCCCAAUUAUCUCCCCUUCCUUUGCCACUAACAUAUUUUCUAGAAUAUAGCAGAUUUGUGCAUUUUAUUGUAACAAAAAUAUAUCUGGAUACAAUCACUUACUUCGGGAAUUUUUUUUAUGCAAAACUAUAUGUAUAACUCUUAUAAUUGAAAAAAAAAUGUACAAAUUCAUGGUUUAAAAAGUGUGCAGCGGAAAAUAAAUAAGAAUCAGGUUAUUAAUUUGUUUUAAGUACAUUUUGAAAUGUAUUCGCACAAAACUGACAGGAGUACGGGUGAAUGUGUCGCGAGUAUGUGAAAAUGUUCGGGAUGGGUUACAUUUGUAAUAUAAACAACUAAUUAUUGGUAAUGUGGAGUACAUAUACAUUUAUUCAUAUGUUGUCUGUGUGGUAAUAUUGUGUGUCUAUCAUAAAAAGUUCAUUGUAAACUAUCGUAUCUACAGUUCUUUGAUUUAGUUAAUAUAAUAGGUAGAUAAAAAAGCCUUAAUGCUUUUGUUGAAUCAAGAUAUAAAUACAGCCUUACACACAGUAGGGUCUAUUACAGGUAAAGUAUACCUCAGUGAGACUUAAUUUGAGAGCAGUUAAUUUCACAAUCGACAUUGCCUUUACUUGUUUGUAAGGGGAAAAUACUUAUAUCAAUAGCUCGGAAAUAUAUUGUCAUGCUUGAAUUAGUAAUCAGUCUUUAAAGCGAAUUUAGGUGACGUUAAAUUCACGUGCAAUGUUAUUUAUUUUUGAGUUGGCGGUAUAUAAAAUAUUGAAUACAAUUACAGAAUAAAUACAAUUUUUGUGAGACGUAUUUUCUGUUUAAUUAUUUAGAAUAUCCAUUUUAUUUAGAUAAAAUUGAAUAAUGUCUUAAGAUAUUGAUGUAGACUAUGCCUUAAAGUGUAGUCCAGUUACCUUUAUAGUCAAAAUUGUUGUCUGAUAUAUGCUUUAUUCUAAUUUGUUUCUUCUAAUUAUGGCGAUUAAAUGAAUUAUUCACGUGAAUUGCAUAUAUGAAGAUGAAUAUACCACAUAUAUUCAUAACACGUUCAUUUCAUAAUCAGAUCCACAGCAAUAUCUUAACGGCAGUGAAUUAUUUUGAUAGUUAAGCAAACUCUAUGGAGUUAUUUUGGAAUGCGCAUGCGUUUUAAAGUUGAUGUGUGGUAUAGA